CAGGCUCUGGCAGUGGCACUCGCAGCGCAGCAGCGGCCGCCGCCACCAGGCAUGGCCCAGGGCUCUGCCUCGCCAUGGCAGCAGCAGCAGCGCGACACAGCACCCUGGAUUUCCUGCUCAGCGCCCCAGCUGAUUGCAAUGCCGUUCUUAAAGGUCUACAGCCUGUUUUUCAAGAGCAGGGAAUGACCGAAACAAUUCAUAACUGGGAGGAUCAUGGUUACUUAGCAACUUACAUCAACAAAAAUGGCAGUUUUUCCAAUCUGAGAAUUUACCCUCAUGGAUUAGUAUUGGUGGAUCUGCAGUGCCACAGUGAUGAUAUUAAAGGAAGAGAUGAAAUUGAUCAUCUACUAAAUAAGAUAGAAGAAAGAAUGAAAGAGUUGUUUCACAGCAGUAUCAAAAGAGUAAAGCGAUUGCCAGCAACUGUGAGAGGAGGAGCCAUUGAUAGAUACUGGCCCACUGCUGAUGGGCGUUUGGUAGAGUAUGACAUAGAUGAGGUUGUUUAUGACGAAGAGUCGCCUUAUCAGAAUAUUAAAAUUCUACAUUCGAAACAGUUUGGAAAUAUUCUUAUCCUCAGUGGGGAUGUUAAUCUGGCAGAGAGUGACCUAGCAUAUACGCAAGCCAUAAUGGGCAGUGGGAAAGAAGACUUCACUGGAAAAGAAGUACUGAUCCUAGGAGGUGGUGAUGGGGGUAUACUAUAUGAAAUAGUCAAACUGAAACCAAAGAUGGUCACCAUGGUGGAGAUUGACCAAAUGGUGAUCGACGGGUGUAGAAAAUACAUGCGUAAAACAUGUGGAGAUGUCUUAGACAAUCUUAAAGGAGAAUGCUAUCAGGUUCUAAUAGAAGACUGUGUUCCAGUACUGAAGAGGUAUGCCAAAGAAGGAAGGAUGUUUGAUUAUGUAAUUAAUGAUCUGACAGCUGUUCCAAUCUCCACAUCUCCUGAAGAAGAUUCUACAUGGGAGUUUCUACGAUUGAUUCUUGACCUUUCAAUGAAAGUCCUGAAACAUGAUGGAAAAUAUUUCACGCAGGGAAACUGUAUCAAUCUGACUGAAGCCUUGACCCUCUAUGAAGAACAGCUCGGUAGGCUUUAUUGCCCUGUGGAGUUCUCAAAGGAAACUGUAUGUGUACCCUCAUACAUGGAAUUUUGUCAGUGGUGGAGUAUACCUCCAUAGGAUAAACUCAUAAACCCAGGGAAUGAAAAAUCAAGGAGUCAGGGACUCAGCCAGGAUUUUCAAGGCCCAGGACAAGCUGCUCCUCCCUCCCCUCAAAGUCUCAUCCCUUCAACUUGUCUUUGUCUCUGUCCCUUCACCUUCACCUCUUCACCAAAAGAACUAUUUUCCCUCCUUGGUCUAAAUAGCCACCUCCUGUGGAGAAACAGAGGAGUGAGGGUCAGGAAAUGUUUCCUCUGAGGUUGUAUUUUUUUCCCCUCUCCCCCCAUUAAGAGAAGAGGUUUGAGGCAUGAAAAGUCUUCCCAAGUCUUCAGCUCCAUAGAGGCAUCUUCAUGGAUGGCCUGCCCUGAAAGGAUUGCGCUUGCCUUGAUUAUUGCAGCUCCUCCUCUGUAAUCUCCUAGAGUUUCUCUCUCCAGACUCUUGCUUGGUGUUGCCGACUUUUUCCUGCGUACUGGGUCUGCUCUGCUUGGUUUUUAAAGUAUUGAGCGGUUUUGCCACAGUCUGCCUCUGUCUAUGUGUGUUUUCUCCCAUCUGUUCCUGUGUACUAUCUUGGUAAGAUUGUUUUUAGAGCUUUCUGUUCUGAAGCCCUGCCCUCUGGCAUGGUCUUCCUGUUUCUCUUGACUUUGCCAACUAUCCAUCAAUAUUCAGAUUGCAUCUUUAAGGGCUUUACCCUUAUGACUAACAACUUUAAUGUAUUUAGUAAAAAUUGUUUUUCACUGUCUAUUAUAUAGGCCAUGCUUUGCUUAAUAUAACUCUGUAAAUGGUUUGGAUGUAUUUUGUAUGGAAGACUUUAAGUGUUUGUUGCUUGUGCAGUAGUAUUGCAAAAUGCUUCUACAUGAACUAUGGCAAGAAGUGCUACCUCAUUCCUCUGGAAAGUACAUUUAAAUGUUUCCGGUGAGGUAAUUGACAUGAAAAUUAGCCACUAAAGCUAAUUCUGUUAAUUCUGGCUACUAAGUAGGCAUAAUCAGGCUUCCAAGUGAACAGCUCUUAUAAAGGGCAAGUUUUCAUUCAUUCUGUCUAACUGUCGACAUGACAAGAUAACACCAUAUAUACAGAAAUGCUAAUAAGGGCAGCAGGAGUCAUGCUGCCUUCAGACUAGCCUCCCGCAUGUUUCCAGGACGUUACUUUUGUUCGUUUAACUUAGACUUCUGGUAUGCAUUAAUGUGAACAGCAUAUAUUUUAUUCUAAAAAAAGGAAAACUAGAUAUUAAAACUAAUAAGUAUUCCAGAAAAGUUGACAUAAGAAUGGGAAGGAAAGUCCAUCUGUACUCUGUUUAGAUCACUGUCAUCUGUUAGUGCUGCAGAGCAAUGCAUACUACUCUCAUCCUAAAAUUUGCCCUAGUUUUCACCUUACCUCCCUCCUUCCCAUGCCACAGGGGGGCAAGUAGAUUUACACAGAAUUGGAUCUAAUUUUCGUCAUACCCCAUGAAUAACAGAAAACAGGGAGCUCAAGCAGAUCACUUCUCCUUGCCAUUCAGGAGGUAUGCUGCCUCUUCACAUCUUCUGCACAGUGGAAGUGUGUUGGUUUUGCUCUAUCUGGAUCCCUCUGCACUCAUGUAGAAGGGGCCAGAAUCUGCUGCCAGCAGAAACGAAAUAUUGUGCUAACUGCUUCCAGCCCAAUGUACAACAAGAAGAGGGAAACAUUACGAGGAAUACCCAAGAUCAAAAUCAAGAAAGUGUGAUGGCAGGCAAAGUAAGAAAGGGACAGAAAUGAAAAACUAUAAGUAGAAGUCAUGACAGUUGUGGAACAAAUCUUUCCAUAUAACUACAGGAAAAAUCCAUGACACUAAAUUAAAAACAUGAGUGUGAGGCAAAGAGGUACUUCACAAAAAUGGCAUCUAGCCUUAAGUAUAAAAGGGGUCCUAUUUCCUGGGAUCCAGAAGGAAUGUUGGGGAUAUUACCCAUCCUAUCUUUCUGAGCUAUAAUAAACGGGUUAUUUGGAGAUUUAUUUCACUUUAGUUCUAACAUCUUUGACAAUAUACUACACAGUUUGCUUUGUUCCUUGACUUUUUUUUUUUUCAGAUGGGUGUUCUACACCAUUUGGAAGACGAGAACUGAAGUGUGAAGAUCAAGAUAUUCUAAUUGUGUGCUGCAUGGAGCAUAUAGGCUUGCCGCAUGCUGCAUAUUGGCAUCUUGAACCUUUAAAUUAUAUGCUGUAGAUGAUCCUGAAACUUAGUCAUGCUAUUGAUUGUGAAUUCUUUAAAUGUUUUUUAUUAUUAUUUUAAUUUAAAAGCAAAUGGAAAAUGUAUAUUUUGAUGAGGUAGGGUGUUAUUUUUGAAAGUCAACUUAAAGAUGAAUUAGCAGCAAAACUAUAGCUGCUGAAUGCACUGAACCUUUAGAAUGUGAUCCUUUUUAUUUUUUUGUAGAUCUUCACAAACUGAUUAAAAAAAGACAUCUUUAGCAUUUCA